ACCCGUCAGUGGGGUGGAGCUCCGGCGCCGGAAUCUGACGAGAGAAGGGAGGGGAACAAGGAUAGAGCGCUCGCCAACGGCCGACGCUCCAGGCUGUCCCGCCUAGCGAAGUCGCACCCAAUCACAAUGCUCAGAUCUGGAGGUGGAGCCAAUCAGGUCCAACCAAGAGGAGGGGACACCGGCACUCAACUAGUAGGAAAACGGGCCUAGGGACUGCAAGCAGGGUCCCCCAAAGACCAAUCGUAAGCCAGAUACAGGCGAGUGACUGUCAAGAAGGCCAAUUAGAGCCUCCAAAGGGAAUCUGGACCGGCCUCUUCUCUGAGGGACGGCUCUAUCUACCAAUAGCAUGGGCGAGAAGGCGGUCCCUUUGCUAAGGAGGAGGCGGGUGAAGAGAAGCUGCCCUUCUUGUGGCUCGGAGCUUGGGGUUGAAGAGAAGAGGGGGAAAGGGAAUCCGAUUUCCAUCCAGUUGUUCCCCCCAGAGCUGGUGGAGCAUAUCAUCUCAUUCCUCCCAGUCAGAGACCUUGUUGCCCUCGGCCAGACCUGCCGCUACUUCCAUGAAGUGUGCGACGGAGAAGGCGUGUGGAGACGCAUCUGUCGCAGACUCAGUCCGCGCCUCCAAGAUCAGGGUUCUGGAGUCCGGCCCUGGAAGAGAGCUGCCAUUCUGAACUACACGAAGGGCCUGUAUUUCCAGGCAUUUGGAGGCCGCCACCGAUGUCUCAGCAAGAGCGUGGCCCCCUUGCUAGCCCAUGGCUACCGCCGUUUCUUGCCCACCAAGGAUCAUGUCUUCAUUCUUGACUACGUGGGGACGCUCUUCUUCCUCAAAAAUGCCCUGGUCUCCGCCCUCGGCCAGAUGCAGUGGAAGCGGGCCUGUCGCUAUGUUGUGUUGUGUCGUGGAGCCAAGGAUUUUGCCUCGGACCCAAGGUGUGACACAGUUUACCGUAAAUACCUCUACGUCUUGGCCACUCGGGAGCAGCAGGAAGUGGUGGGUACCACCAGCAGCCGGGCCUGUGACUGUGUUGAGGUCUAUCUGCAGUCUAGUGGGCAGCGGGUCUUCAAGAUGACAUUCCACCACUCCAUGACCUUCAAGCAGAUCGUGCUGGUUGGUCAGGAGACCCAGCGGGCUCUACUGCUCCUCACAGAGGAAGGAAAGAUCUACUCUUUGGUAGUGAAUGAGACCCAGCUUGACCAGCCACGCUCCUACACGGUUCAGCUGGCCCUGAGGAAGGUGUCCCACUACCUGCCUCACCUGCGCGUGGCCUGCAUGACUUCCAACCAGAGCAGCACCCUCUACGUCACGGACCAGGGGGGAGUGUAUUUUGAGGUGCAUACCCCAGGGGUGUAUCGCGAUCUCUUUGGGACCCUUCAAGCCUUUGACCCCCUGGACCAGCAGAUGCCGCUUGCUCUCUCACUGCCUGCCAAGAUCCUGUUCUGUGCUCUUGGCUACAACCACCUUGGCCUGGUGGAUGAAUUUGGCCGAAUCUUCAUGCAAGGAAAUAACAGAUACGGGCAGCUAGGAACAGGGGACAAAAUGGACCGAGGGGAACCCACACAGGUUCAUUACCUGCAGCGGCCCAUCACCCUGUGGUGCGGCCUCAACCACUCCCUGGUGCUGAGCCAGAGCGCAGAGUUCAGCAAGGAGCUGCUGGGCUGCGGCUGUGGGGCUGGGGGCCGCCUCCCAGGCUGGCCCAAGGGGAGUGCCUCCUUCGUCAAGCUCCAAGUCAAGGUCCCUCUGUGUGCCUGCGCCCUCUGUGCCACUAGGGAGUGCCUGUACAUCCUGUCCAGCCACGACAUUGAGCAGCACGCCCCCUAUCGCGACCUGCCGGCCAGCAGGGUGGUGGGGACUCCUGAGCCCAGCCCGGGGGCCAGAGCACCCCAGGACCCCGGGGGGACGGCCCAGGCCUGCGAGGAGUACCUCAGCCAGAUCCACAGUUGCCACACGUUGCAGGACCGCAUGGAGAAGAUGAAGGAGAUCGUAGGGUGGAUGCCCCUGAUGGCCGCACAGAAGGACUUCUUCUGGGAGGCCCUGAACAUGCUGCAGACGGCUGAGGGAGGCGGGGGUGGUGUAGGGCCCCCAGCCCCUGAGACCUAAUCCCCCUCAUGCUAGCCUAGUCCCUGGAGGGAGUCCAGCCCCAGGCCAGGGACUAAGGAGCAAUGACCAUUGUGCGCAUGCGUGUGGGAAGGGGUUGCUAGGGGGUGGGGACCGCUAACCAGGGUAAGGCAGGGAAUUGUUUUGUAAAAUGUUCAGGGGGCUGCCCAGGAGGGGCCCCCAACCUGACUAUCAUGGACAAGAGAUUUGAUGGAUAGAAUAAAAGGCUGCAGCGAG